GUUUCAUGUAUGCUGGAUAACUUAUCGACUCUUAUACAUACUUUAAUUCAUUUAUACUUUAGAUUAGUCUCUACUGUAGUAAUAAGUGUUUGAAAGCCUAUGGAAUGGAUGUACUUCGAAUAGUAUGUAGAAAACAUGGAUCGGAUCCUCAAGAUAAAUCGCAUCAUUUGGAUACGCAUAAAACUUUAGUCGUCUUGGAUCGUAGAAGUGGUACUGUUCUCAAUGGAACUAGAGCACCGACUAGUAAUAAUCUAAUUGAAUUUCUAUCCGUUCAUCAAACUUUUCAGGUUGUCUAUGAUCGGCAGUCGAAUGAGAGGUCACAAAAGUCUACAUCCUUAAACCAAACGACUAAGUGUUCUGUACAGAAUGAGGCAUCAGCACGAACUACAGCAAAUGUGAUUAAGAACUCAGAGCAAGAUUUUUGUCGAUCACCAUCAUCUCUUUUAUCAGAACCAAUUAGCCAGCAGUCUUUGGUGCCUGAAAAUGUAGAUCGUUUGAGAAAGAAAUAUCAAAAUCUUCUGUUAGUCCUACUUGAAAAAAGAACACAAGCAUCACGGCAUAUCUUCACAGCUAAUCGAUCCCGAUUGAAAAUGUUAGCUGAAGAGUUGGAAACUGUAAUUUCUACCAGAAAUAACUUGAUCAAUUCACCCGCACCAACAGAUGCUAAUUCAUCGUUUGAACAAGAUCUUCCAACUUACAAAUGUCAACUGCGUUUAUUUCUUAGUUGCUUAGAUGCUGUUGGUCAAGACAAAUCUCAACACUGUCCAGUUCCAUCCAGUACUACUGAUCCAUCCAUCAUACUGAGAGAUCAGUUUUUUGAUUCACUUAUCAGUGGAGUAUUAAAACCUAGUGAUCUGGCACAUUGUCAAAAUAUUAAAACUUUAGAAUCUAUUGUAAGACGAGCUCGCUUAGCAGAUAGCGUUCAAAAUAAGAUAUCGUUGGGAACGUCAGUUGUUUCGAGUAAUGUAAAUACAAACCAACCUGACUUGUGUGCCACGUCGACACAAACUUCUACAACUAUUACGCCUUCAAAUAAUCCCCUAACCUCUGUUCCUGCAUUAUCUCAGCCAACUGAAGUAGAUAAACAUACAAACGAAGCGUUGGAUACUACAAGUGAACAUGGAAAACACUUAUAUGAUAUGCAUUGUAAACGGUGUACAGGACAGACAAAACAACCAAUGAAAUUACCAUCGUCAAAGAAGUCAGUUCCAUCCCCUUCACCACCGCCUUCUUCUGGUGCAAGUUUAUCAUUGUUAUCAGUUAAAACAGAAUCAGUUUCCAAUACUUUCUCAAGUGAAAAGAUUUCACCUGAUCCGAAUUCAACUGAAUUAUCUCUUUCGAAAUCAUCAAUUUCGCCUGCUGCUAUUCUCGCGGAAAAAACAGUUCCGGUGUCGGUGAAACUAUCACCUAAAAGUGCCGAUGAAUGCUCUGUCUUCAAUAAGCCCAAUUAUUUAGAGGACAGAAAAAAUAUGGUCAAAUGUUUGGAUCCAAGAAAAGAGUCGAUUUCAUUACAAAACUCCGUGAAUCAUCAUAUGUCUAAAAUGCAAUUGAAUCAAAAAAGAUCACAUCCAUCGUUUGAAGAAUACUGUCCAGUGUCUAUAUUCACACAUGAUAAAUCUAUUCCACCGAAGUCACUCAGUAGUUGCUAUCAUCCUCCACCACCGAUUAACUCAUUUGUUUCAACAGGCCUUUUAGAUUUACCUUUACCACCUGCUCAACAUAAUUCAUCAUUUACUUCACAGUCAGAUGAUAAUGAUAGUGUUAGUCCACCGUAUAUAGUUAAGGAGAAAAUCAAUUCGAAAUGUUGCCUAUGGACUGGAAUGUUAUCCUUAUCUACACAAUAUUCUGGUCGUGAACAUAUGUACAGCUUGGAGAUUAAUGUCCAUCCCUUUGGUUAUAUUCAUGCAAAGGUAUCAAAUGACUCUCGGAAGGUUUUCAUUGAAAACACUAUAUGGGAAUCUUUAUUAUCGAGUAAACAAACUUCACUUGUUAUCAGUCGAGGUGUAAAUUUAGUAAGUCUGCCUGUUUACUUAGGCCAGACAUUGUUAGACUCUACUCACCCUAGGUUGAAGAUUGAACUAUUUGCAUUACAUGUUACACCAAGAACUAAACAAAUGUCUCAUAUUUAUGCCGAUAUAUUCAAUCAUUUGAAAGAGAUUAACGCAUGUGGUAGUCUUGAGCCACGUUUUCAAGGCACUUAUGAUUGUCUACUGUAUCCACUCAUAGCGAAUACUCAUCUACCAGAUAUAUUAUUACCGCCUAAUUUAUUAUCCAAAUUUGAGUUCAUUGGAUGUGAUGUUAUGACAGAAAAUCAUUUAUUGAUUAUACUUACUAGGCCAGUGUAUGUUACACCUAGUGUUGUUGAAAUUUUAAGUCCUUUCCCAUCCUCACCAACAUCAAAUGAUGUAGCAGAUGAAAAAUCAACCUCUAAAGCAGAAAUUUUAGCUGUAAGAACUACUACUGACAUCAGUAGUCCAGUACCACUGAAUAUUGAAACAUAUCCAUCUAUGUCAACUUCACUAUCGAAAAAAGCUUAUAUGCCGACGUUUUUCCAACAACCUAUAGAAGAAGAAGUGCUCAUCAAAGAUGAAAGACAAGAAGUGCCAACCAUUGAAACAGUAUCAAUAAAUGCUUCAGGAGAUGUUGAUCUACGUCCUUUUUCAACCGCCGGUAAUGUAAGCCAAUCACAUUCUGUUAUUCCAGAAUGGUUUCCAUCAUUUACUGAAGAUGUUGAUUAUCGUACGUAUAUCCCACAACAACAUACUGAUCGUGUACCGUGUGUAUCACAAACGUUAUGCAAUAUCUCGUCUCAAUCUGUCAUUGAUGAUUGCAAUCGAAGUCACAGUCUGUCUAGAUUUCGUGAGAAAGCGUAUUAUCUAACUCCGAAUGAAAGAAUCCAUUAUGUUGAACAACAAAUCGGGUAUCCAAGAAAAGAAUUGAAAGAUCAUGUUUUACGAGACUCAGUAACUAACCGAAGUAAUUCUCUUCUUCCAUCUCCUCUUUCUACUGAUUCCCACCAAGAACUAUACACAUACCACGAGCAAGUUCAUGCGCUCUUUUGCCUACACCAUCGGUGAGACCAUCAAAUUCCUCAUCAUAUCGUCGAUCAUCAUCUAGGCGGCGGCCGCCAUCACCACCUCCUCGUUCUUCCUCACGUAAAACUGCUUCUGUUUCUGCGCGCUAUCAUGGUCAUCAUCAAUAUCGUCGUUCACGUUUUCGACGUUGAUGUGAAAUUAAGAUUUUUAUGUGGAAGUCUAAUUGAAAUCCUAUUUGUUUUUCAGCAUUUUAUUCAUUUCAUAUAUUUUUUAAGUGAAUUUUGUACAGUAAAAUAUUUAACUUUAUAUUUUUGGAUAAAUAAUAACGAACUGCACAUUUCGAAGGUGGAUAUAUCGUAUUGAUGCUUUGUUCUCCGGUUAGUCAUUUCAUCAUAAAGUUGUUUUACUUUUACUCCACCUUCUCAGUUUUGCUGUUUUUGUCUUCGUCGUUAUCAUCAUCACCGAUCCAGAUAGAGCAUUCGUUCCUUCAUCUGUUGAUUUCCAACAUUUUGCUUACUUUCACUAUUAUUAUUAUUAUUAUUAUAGGCAUCAGCAACAUUAUUCCUCCUAUUUUGUCGUAUAUUUUCUGAUAGAUUCUUUCAUUACAUAUACCACCACCAUGGUCAUUAUUAUUAUUAUUGUUACCAUUGUUGAAGUAUUUUCCAGACCACUGUUUUCCAAGAUAGACCAUUGCUACUACUUAACACGUUACUCAGUCGAUUUGGGAUUCAUGUAGUCUAUUCAUGCUCUCGUGUGAUUAAGUGUCUUAUUUUUGCAUGUAUCCCCACCACCUUUACGUGUGUAUGUGUGUGUGUGUGCACGCGUGUAUGUGUAUACGACAUGUCUUUUACAUUUAUCCUUUAAUUUGGAUGAUAUUUUAUCAUAUAAGAUUUUGAGAAAGAAGAAGAGAGAAAAGCAUGAAGGACUUAUCUCUUCUUCUUCUUGUACAGCUGAAAAUUAUUACAGAAACGUGGUUUGUAAUGAAACUUUCAAGUUGUUUGUG